AUGGCUUCUGACAGCCCAGAGUCGCUGAUGACUUUGUGCAUAGAUUAUUGUCUUCACAACCUGGAAGGGACUCUCUGCUACCUGUUGGACAACGAGAGUUUCCGCCUCCACACAGACAUCUUCCUUCCGAGUGAGAUCUGCGACAGGCUGGUCAAUGACUACGUGGACCUCGUGAACGCAGACACCUUGUUUGAACACAAUGAAAACUUUUUUAGUCUCUUUUCGGAUCCUCGGAGCACUCGGCUCGCCCGCAUCCACUUGCGAGAGGACAUUGUCCAGGAUCAAGACCUGGAAGCCAUUCGGAAGCAAGACCUUGUGGAGCUGUUCUUGACCAACUGCGAGAAGCUGACGGCUAAGAGCCUCCAGACGCUGGGCAGCUUCAGCCCCACCCUGGUCUCGCUCAGCCUCUUUGGCUGCACCAACUUUUUCUACGAAGAGGAGAACCCGGGCGGCUGCGAGGACGACUUCAACCCCAGCCGGCAGGUCUUGGUGAAGGACUUCACUUUUGAAGGCUUCCAGCGGCUGCGUUUCCUCAACCUGGGCCGGAUGAUUGAAGGGAUCAACGUGGAAAGCCUCCUGCGGCCGCUGGCCUCCCUCACCGCCCUGGAUCUCUCCUGGAUCCAGCUGAACGACAUCCACUUCCUGACCCAGUGGAAGGACAGCCUCGCCUCCUUAGUGCUGUACAACAUGGAUCUCUCCGAGGAGCACAUUCAGGUGAUAGCCCAGCUGCGCAAGCUCAGACAUUUAGACAUCUCCCGAGACUGCCUGUCCAGUUAUUACAAGUUCAAGCUGACCCGCAAAGUCCUGAACCUCUUUGUGGAGAAUCUGAACAACCUGACUUCUCUGGAUAUCUCGGGCCACACCAUGCUGGACAACUGCACCGUCGCCUGCUUGGAUGAGAAAACAGACCAGCCCAGCACCAACCCGGUGAAAAGCAGCAUCGCCCCUUUCCGUAGCCUGAGAAGACCCCUGCAGUUCUUGGGGCUGUUUGAGGUCUCUCUCUGCCACGUCACGCACAUCCCAGCCUACAAGGUCACGGGCGAGAAGAACGAGGAGCAGGUCCUGAACGCCAUCGAGGCGUAUACUGAACACCGGCCGGACAUGACAUCGCGAGCCCUCAAUAUCCUCUUUGACAUUGUCCGGAUCGAGCGCUGCACCCAGCUCUUGAGAGCCCUUAAGCUGGUCAUCACCGCCCUGAAAUGUCACAAGUACGACAAGAACAUCCAGGUCACCGGCAGCGCCGCCCUCUUCUACCUCACCAACUCCGAGUACCGCCUGCAGCAGAGCACCAGGCUACGGCAGAAGGUCGUCCAGGUGGUGCUGAACGGCAUGGAGUCCUACCAGGAAGUCACGGUGCAACGGAACUGCUGCCUCACCUUGUGCAAUUUUAGCAUCCCCGAAGAGCUGGAAUUCCAGUACCGGCGGGUCAACGAGCUGCUGCUGAACAUCCUGAACCCGACGCGGCAGGACGAGUCCAUCCAGCGCAUCGCCGUGCACCUCUGCAACGCCCUGGUCUGCCAGGUGGACAACGACCACAAGGAGGCCGUCGGCCGGAUGGGGUUCGUCAUG